ACUGCGACAAAGUUCAGGAAGUUCAGUAGGUUCACGUUCCCCACCGGAGAAAGAUGUCACACUUGCCGCACAACCCCCACGAGGGACCCAUUUCCAGUACGGUAUUUCCGCCGGAUAUGAACCCCAACUAUCCGCACCAGCCCAUCGGAACCCAUUAUCCACCGGGAGGAGUUCACCCACCGGGACAUUAUCCGCCGCCGCACCUGAUGCCUCCGCCGUUGGAUAAUCCGAACUAUCCGGGAGGUUAUCCACCGGGACAUUAUCCUCCGGGGCAUUACCCACCUGGGCACUAUCCCCCGGUCGAGGGAUACCCACCGCACUAUCCGGUGCCGCAUGAGCAAGCGGUAGGCUAUGGUGCAGCAGGUCAACGCAAGGAACCGGAAAAGAAGUAGCUUCCCGCGAUUUGAUGAUCUUGUGAUUUUUUAUCUAGUGAUUAAGGUGUAGUGGUUACGUAAUGAUCCGCAGGAAAGGGUGUUGUGCAGCUCGAAUCCAUAUUGAAGAAAUAAAGACAUGUUUUGACUUUAUGGA